UUCUCUCAUCGUUGCUGUAAUAACUCAAGCAUACUCUUUACUGGAACUUUAUCAGAAUGUCGACAACGCAAGCAUUCCCUCCUCCACCAAAAGAGGAUAUUGAUUGGGCCAAGCUUGGUGCUUCUGCCGUUGAAGACGACGGCCAUGCCGAGUGCCAGUACGAUGCGAAAACGGGGUGCUGGAGCGAGCCUGUGCUGGUCAAAGACGCAUACAUCAAGGUCCAUGGCCUGGCUCCAGGCCUGAAUUACGGAAUGCAGGCCUACGAGGGCAUGAAAGCCUACCGCAGCCCGGAAGACCAAAUCUACGUCUUCCGCCCCGCCGACCACGCCGCGCGCAUGGUCACAUCCUGCGCCACCGUCUCCAUUCCUGCCAUCCCGCCCCCAAUCUUCCUGCGCGCCGUGAACCUGGCCGUGGCCCGCAACGCGCGGCUCGUCCCCCCGCACGCCAGCCCCGCGCUGCUAUACAUCCGGCCCGUCGCAUUUGCAUGCGAUGCCCAUCUAGCACUGACACGGCCGCAGCACUUCCGCUUCGCAGUCUAUGUAGCGCCAGCGACGGCGUACCACGGCGUGGCUGCGAGCUCGCAGGACGUGCUGGUCAUGGAGAGUUUCGACCGUGCGGCACCGCGCGGGACCGGGCAUGCCAAAGUUGGCGGUAACUAUGCGCCUGUUGUGCGCUGGAGCGACGAUGCUAAGGCGCGCGGUUUCGGCUUGACGUUGCAUCUGGACAGCCGCACUCAGACCGAGGUCGAGGAGUUCUCGACGUCGGGCUUUGUCGGCGUGCGCUGCGAGACGGGGGGUCGCCGCUUUGUGCUCACUGUGCCGGAUAGUGAGAGUAUUGUUGCGAGCGUGACGAGCGAUAGCGUGCUCGCUUUGGCCAGGGCGAAGGGGUGGGGAGUAGAGAAGCGGAGGAUCCACUUCUCAGAGCUGCGCUACUUCUCCGAAGUUUUUGCCUUGGGGACAGCCGCGGCACUCGUGCCCAUCAAGUCUAUUACUCGAGAAAGCACGGGGGAUAAGUUUGUGUUUAACGGCGGGAAUGCAGGGCCAGGGCCUUGUGCGACGGAAUUGACCCAUGCUCUUACGGACAUGCUCAAGGGACGCUCAUCCGAUGAAUUCGGGUGGAGGGUUCGUGUGCAAGACGUCCCUGAAUCUACGGUCUUGGACGCAGCAGACGGAGUUGCCUCUGACAGGUCCGAUGUCUACGACGAUAGGAAGUCUCUACCCGCCCUGGAUAUGGUGCAAAUCAAGGCCUAGGAAUACC